UUUGUUUUCUGAAACUUUACAGGAUUGGUACUAAGUAUUCCAUAGUCAAAUUUGAAUCCCAUAUUUUGCGCUUUCAGGGUCAGACCUGCUUUUUGGAUUCCUCGAGUGAAUAAAAAAGAAAAUCUCUAUAUUGGAAUUUCAUAGGCUUGUUUGGCUUUUCAUGAUCUACAAUCAAUCUUCUUUUUACAUUCUUUAGGGGAAACUAUGGCCACCGGUGAUGGCAGUGGGCUCAAGAAGAGAGGAUGUUACUGCAGCAAAGAAGAUUUCUUGCCAGAAGAGUCAUUCCAGAGCUGGGAUAGCUAUGUUAAGGCAUUAUCUAGCACAAAAGCACGGCUCAAGGACCGGUUCCUGGCACGAUCAUCGGAUAGCAUUGAGCUUCAGGAAAUGCGUGCUUGCAGCGAGAAUGAGAUGAGGAAAACUCUGAACUGGUGGGAUAUUUUUUGUUUCGGGAUAGGAUCUAUUCUGGGUGCAGGAGUGUUUGUCCUGACAGGUGAAGCUGCUAGGAACGAUGCUGGCCCUGCAGUUAUAAUUUCAUACUUGGUGUCAGGUAUAUCUGCCAUGCUAUCAGUUCUGUGCUACAGUGAAUUUGCUACUGAAUUACCUGUAGCAGGAGGGUCAUUUUCUUAUCUCAGGGUGGAGCUUGGUGAUUUUGUAGCUUACAUAGCUGCUGGGAAUAUUUUGUUCGAGUACAUUGUUUCUGGUGCUGCUGUGUCUCGGUCCUGGACUUCGUAUUUUGCCACCCUCUGCAACCAUGACCCCAACAGUUUCCGCAUACAUGCCGCAUCUCUUGCAGAAAACUUCAACUAUUUAGAUCCUAUUGCUGUUGUGGUAUCAUUCCUUGUCUGUGUUGGAGCAUGCUGGAGCAUAAAAGGGUCCUCCAGAUUUAAUUCAAUUACUACAGUCAUUCACAUUUUUGUCUUGGCAUUCAUCCUCAUCGCUGGCCUUACCAAGGCGAACCCUGCCAAUUAUGCACCCUUCGCUCCUUUUGGUGUCCGCGGAAUCCUGAAGGCUUCAUCGAUGCUUUUCUUCGCUUAUGUAGGAUUUGAUGGAGUGGCAACUUUAGGUGAGGAGAUUAAGAACCCAGGUCGAGAUAUCCCAAUAGGGCUCAUUGGCUCCAUGUCAGUUAUUGUUUUAGUGUAUGGCCUUCUUGCAGCAACACUGAGCCUGAUGCAGCCUUACACCCAAAUUGAUGCCGAUGCGCCAUUCACAAUGGCAUUUCAAGCUGCGGGGAUGAACUGGGCAAAAUACAUUGUCGCCUUGGGUUCACUGAAAGGGAUGACAACAGUUUUACUAGCCAAUGUCAUCGGCCAAUCUCGGUACUUCACUCACAUCGGCCGAACCCACAUGGCACCUCCCAUACUUGCUGCCGUCAGUGGAAAAACCGGCACCCCUGUGAAUGCCACAGUCGUCAUGACAAUUGCAAACUCCUGUGUUGCUUUCUUCACCAGCCUUGAUGUUCUGUCAAACCUUCUCUCCAUCUCCACCCUUUUCAUCUUCACUCUUGUAGCUCUUGCACUGUUAGUGAGGCGAUACUAUGUUGCUAAUGAGACAUCGGAUUCCAACAGAAAGAAGCUCAUCGGAUUGUUAGUGCUGAUCAUAGGAUCCUCAGUUGGCUCCUCAGCUUACUGGGCAUUAACAGAUGGGUGGAUUGGUUACGUAAUAACUGUACCCGUUUGGUUUUUCUCCACCCUCGGGCUGCAGCUGACAUUGAAGCAAGCAAGGAAACCCAAACUGUGGGGAACGCCACUAGUGCCAUGGCUGCCAUCUGCUUCCAUUGCUGUGAACGUUUUCAUCAUGGGAUCCAUUGAUGGAGCAUCAUUCAUUAGAUUUUCAAUCUGGACAGUGUUACUGCUCUUCUAUUACCUGUUCGUGGCGCUGCAUGCUUCAUAUGAUGCAGCAAAGGAGAUGGAAAGAAGAGUCGAUGCAGCAAAGGAGAUGGAAAGAAGAGUCGAUGCAGCGACCAAAAUUGAAGCAGGGAUUAGUACAGGAUAAAUCUACCAAGUGAAGAAGCUAGAAACAAAAAAUACAUUUUGGUUUAAUAUUUUUUUUCUUGUGUGCAGGUUUCCUUUAUUGUUUCAUCCUUUUCAUCUUGUUUCUAAAUCUAGUAUAUACUUUCAUCAUUUUUUAAAAAGAAAUCUAGUAUGUAGCUUUCAACUUUUUGA